UUCACCAAAUUUUGAUCUUAAAAGUCAUAAACUUCCCAAAAAUAUUUGCAGCAAAUCAGAAUAGUCAAGUCUAUAUAUCAAAAGCGCAAUCCUUCAUCUUCAUCGUUUCUGUGGUCCGUACUUGUCGUCGUCCUUAGCCAACCCAAACAAAGAACACAGUCGAGAAUUCCAAUGUAAUGUUGUCAUCCAACCCCAACUGUCUCUGACUCUGUAAUUCUCCUCUGUUCCACAAACAUGAAAACAGAGCAACCCCUUCACCAUCGCAACAACAAGGGAUUUUCAUCUUCAUUAUCAGCAAAACCCGCAGCGUAUGUUAUCCUCCUCUUGCUAACUUACUCACUGGGUUACUUCUCCCACUCUUCUUCCACCUCGUUUCCACCGCCAUCGCAACCCGCUUCCUCAACCACCCUCCGCAUCUCCACCAACACCACCGAACUCGACCCGUUCCUAGUCACAGCUCGCUGCGCCGACCCACUCCCGUCGGAAACCGUUCGCCGGACGCUCAUCAACCGCCUCUUCAACGGGACGUCGCCGUUUCAUGGUUUCCCGCCGGCACACGCGGCGGCGAAGCUCAGCCGCAGCAAGAAGGUCAAAGGGUGGGGCUCAAACGGCGCUGUUUUCGAGAACCUCAUCAGGAGGGUGAGGCCACAGACCAUCGUGGAGGUAGGCACGUUCCUUGGCGCUUCGGCGCUUCACAUGGCGGAGUUGACCCGCCGGUUUGGGCUGACAACCCAGAUUCUCUGCAUCGAUGACUUUCGUGGUUGGGCCGGGUUCAGGGACCGGUUCAAUACUACACCAAUGGUAAACGGCGACGUUUUGCUUUAUUACCAGUUUCUUCAGAAUGUGGUGACCCGAAACCUAACCGAAUCGGUUUUGCCCGUACCGUUUUCGAGCGGGUCGGCUUUGAUUUGGCUUUGUGAGUUGGGUGUUUAUGCUGAUCUAGUAGAGAUAGAUGCGGGUCAUGAUUUUUUGUCGGCAUGGUCCGAUAUAAACCGUGGCUACCGGAUACUCCGCCCCGGUGGGGUUAUUUUCGGGCAUGAUUAUUUUACUGCUGCGGAUAAUAGAGGGGUUAGAAGAGCGGUUGACUUGUUUGCCCGAAUUCACAGUCUCAAGGUAAAAAUUGAUGGCCAACAUUGGAUAAUGGCUCUGCCGUAAGUUCAUAGAUCUAUACUUUUGUGCUUCAUAUAUUGAUUCAUACACAUAUACAUAAAUUUAUAUACCCUCUCUAUUAUUAUUUUUUCGAAUACUGAUCAAGAUAUGUGUGAGGGUUAAAAGUUGUAAGUUACACUUCAUAGUUCAUACUAAAGAGUCAAGAAAAUAAAUGAUUGUUGAAUAAGUUGAUUGAUAUAUAUGAUUGGGGUUGUAUACUAAAGAGUAGAAUGUUUGGUCUGAAGAACUAAAUGAUGAUUGGUACAGUGACUUUUAUUUUCUUC